GGCACUCGAUUUGGCAGAUCGGUUCCCCGUCCAGUCGGUAUCUAAAUCUCACAUCUUGUUCGUUAUUUGUCAAUUGUUGGUCUAGAAAUUUUUUUGUUUUUUUUUCGAUUCCGGAAGAUCUGUAUCUUUUCCCGCUGAUUACUCCACCGGCAAAGGACACGCAAAAUUCAAUGUUCGGCUAGGACCGAGUGGCCGCCCCUGGAGUGUACUGGAGAGGAGGAGCCGAGGAAGGAGCCGGAGCAAGCGAAGAAGCCAUCAGCGUUGUAAUUCACGUGCACGUUGCACGUUGCACGUCCAAGGUACUGCUGUUGUUGAAGGGUGAAUCCACAUGGGGAAUACUAUGUGAGAGCCAAGAGCAGCAGCAGGAGCAGCAGGAGCAGGAGUGCCAGAAGAGAGCAGACAAGAAGGAGUGGACGAAGCCGCCAAAAGCCUUGCCAGAAGAGGACACAGACGAAGGUCCUGCACCAAGAUGGCCAUACACGAGCAGAUCGACAACCUGAACAUCUGGUGGUUCCCGCGCGACUUCUGCCAGUCGAGAUUCGGGGAGUUCCAGCAGAGCGGCACCAACUCGUGCACCCUCAUCUCGCUGAUCCUGGCCGACAAGGUGUCCAAGGCGGAGCGGUUCUACCACCGGGUGUCGAACAUGCCGCCGCGCGGCCUGGAGCUGUUCGGCAACGCCAUGAACGAUGGCAACAAGGUCUACCACAACGUGAUCUCGGCCAACACGCCGCACGUGCGCAACCUCAACCUGAACAUCCCGGACGCGAUUGCGGCCAUCCGGUCGCAGCACAAGAUCAACUUCCGGCUGGAGGAGUGGUUCUACACGCACAUGGAGGCGGACACCUCCAGUCCCAUGUACAACCGGAACGUGGCCAUGCAGCUGUCCCGCAUCUUCCAGAUCACGCUGCAGGUCUUCCAGCAGGCCAUCGGCCAGGUGGCACCCACCCAGCUGUUCGCCGCCAUCAUUGCGGACAGUCGAACGGUGAUGGUGACCUUCGAUUUUCGGGUCUCGAUCGUCGCCCUCUUCGACUCCCACCAGCACGGCCGCGAUGCGGGUGCCGUCUUCGCCCAGUGCACCCUCCAGAACAUGGACGAUCUGCUCUUCUGGUUCAUCAGCAUGCUCCACAACGUCUACUCGAGCCGUCCCGCCCUCUUCGAGAUCUCGUUCCUCAGCUCGCAGCCGGGAGUGGCGAAGCAUAUUCCGCCGGCCAUCAAGAAGAUUGCGGGCGACCUCAAAAAGCCCACCAAGAACUAUGUGGCCUCGUAGCAUUGCAGAGCCCCAGUGUCCCCCCCCACCCUGGUACACAGCCCGUCUGCAUCUGACAUCUGGCAUCUGGGAACGGGCUCAGCCCCAAAAUUGAUCUGGUCAAAAUUCCAAAAUAGGCAAAUCGAAGAUUUCAGACUUCUAACCAAAUUCCAAAUUCCAAAUUCAAAAUUCCAAACUGACCUUCAAUAAAAAAAUAACGAACACCAA